CUGAGACUUUUUUUUAAUCUACCUUUCUCCAUUUGAUUACACGAAAGAUAGGAAAAGUGAAAAAGCUAAAGAACAAAAGUUCAUUUCGGCAUCUUUCGCUCUCCAAAUAUCUUAAGAACAAGCGGAUUUCCAAAUCAACGCCGAAGAAUUCCACUCUUUCAGAAUCACGCUAUGGCUCUCGCUUCACACACUGGUUCAGCUCACCGGAUUGGUGCUGAGACUCUACGAUGCAGAGGAGGAAAUAUGGCUUUCAACUUCUCGACUCAUGCGGAGUCGUUGAAGAUGAAGGAGAUUUCUAUCGGUUCAUCUUCUUUAUCGUGUAGCUCUCGUAAUAUCAUGCAUGGUUUGCAUAUAGACAGCGCGAGGACGGCGUCGAGGCGAGGAGAUAGGGUGAUUGUUGCUGCCAGUCCUCCAACCGAGGACGCUACAGUGGCUACUGAACCGUUGACAAAAGAGGAUCUCGUCGCUUAUUUAGCUUCUGGAUGCAAGCCUAAGGAAAAAUGGAGAAUUGGUACAGAACACGAGAAGUUUGGUUUUAAUAUUGAAACUUUACGUCCCAUGACGUAUGAACAAAUAGCUGGAUUGCUAAAUGGGAUUGCAGAGAGGUUUGACUGGGAAAAGAUAAUGGAGGGCGACAACAUUAUAGGGCUCCAACAGGGAAAGCAAAGUAUUUCACUGGAGCCAGGUGGUCAAUUUGAACUUAGUGGUGCCCCCCUUGAAACUCUGCAUCAAACAUGUGCUGAAGUUAAUUCACACCUUUACCAGGUGAAAGCUGUUGCUGAGGAAAUGGGUAUUGGAUUUUUAGGAAUUGGAUUCCAGCCUAAAUGGAGUCGAGAAGACAUACCUAUAAUGCCCAAGGGACGAUAUGAGAUUAUGAGGAAUUACAUGCCCAAAGUUGGUUCGCUUGGACUGGAUAUGAUGUUUAGGACGUGUACUGUGCAGGUUAAUCUAGAUUUUGAUUCAGAGGCUGACAUGAUCAAAAAGUUCCGAGCAGGCCUUGCUUUACAGCCUAUAGCAACUGCUCUGUUUGCAAAUUCUCCGUUUACUGAUGGAAAACCAAAUGGUUACUUGAGCAUGAGAAGCCAGAUCUGGACUGAUACUGAUAAUGACCGCACUGGCAUGCUUCCAUUUGUUUUUGAUGACUCAUUUGGAUUUGAGAAGUAUGUUGACUAUGCUCUCGAUGUUCCAAUGUAUUUCAUAUAUCGGAAAAAGAAAUAUAUUGAUUGUUCUGGAAUGUCCUUCAGGGAUUUUAUGGCAGGAAAGCUCCCUCCAGUUCCUGGAGAACUUCCUACCCUAACUGAUUGGGAAAAUCAUUUGACUACAAUAUUUCCAGAGGUCAGACUGAAGAGAUAUUUGGAGAUGAGGGGUAGUGAUGGAGGCCCUUGGAGGAGAUUAUGUGCUCUCCCAGCAUUUUGGGUCGGUUUGUUAUAUGACGAAGUUUCCCUACAAAACGUUUUAGACAUAACAGCUGACUGGACACAGGGAGAAAGACAAAUGUUGAGGAAUAAGGUUCCAGUAAGUGGUCUUAAUACACCAUUUCGUGAUGGGUUGGUGAAGCACGUUGCUCAAGAUAUUGUUAAAUUAGCUAAGGACGGCUUAGAGAGAAGAGGUUUCAAGGAGUCUGGCUUCUUGAAUGAAGUGACUGAAGUAGCUAGAACAGGUGUGACACCAGCUGAAAAGCUGUUGGAAUUGUAUAAUGGAAAAUGGGGACGAAAUGUCGAUCCAGUUUUCGAGGAGCUUCUAUAUUGAGCUGCAUCUCUUGUACUGUAACAUUGCAAUGGACCACUGGUAGGCUGUCCUGUUAAUGUGUAAGGCUCCCCCUAGUUUUCCUUCACAUCUCAGUUUUAAUAAUUCUCGUUCCUCUUUGAAUUAUUGAAAUUGAUACACAAACAAUAACACUGUGUCCUUUUCGGGGAACCGAAACUUCUCCCUAGCUUUGGUGGUAUUCAUAUAGCUGAUGUAAUUCUAUGAUGGCCUUCUUCUGAAUGUGGUUCAUUGUAAUGUAACCCCCCGCACACACACACAAAAGGAGAAAAUUAAAGGAUGUUCAUUGUAGAGAAGAACCAAAGCUUAUUGAGCCAUUUUUCUGUCAUGUCAUUGACAGGAAACAAUAAACCUUCUGUUCAUCCUU